CGGGAGCCCCGGGUCCACACAUCACUGGAUGCGGUAGCGGUAUGUGGACAACAGACACACCUGAGACGUUUGCGGGUACUUCAUGCUGACCGGUCCGGGCUCUCGCUGGAGUGCAUGACCCGCCGUGAUGGCCGGGGGACGAAGAGGACUAGUGGCUCCACAAAACACUUUUUUGGAAAACAUUGUCCGCCGGUCUAACGUUUGGACAUUAUCACAUAGACACACAGACACAAACUUUGUGCUGGGGAACGCUCAGAUCGUAGACUGGCCCAUCGUUUACAGCAAUGAUGGCUUUUGUAAGCUGUCCGGCUACCAUCGCGCAGAGGUCAUGCAGAAGAGCAGCACUUGCAGCUUUAUGUACGGAGAACUCACGGAUAAAGAUACGAGUGAGAAAGUUCAGCUGACUUUCGAGAACUAUGAGAUGAAUUCGUUUGAAAUCUUGAUGUACAAGAAAAACCGAACACCUGUAUGGUUUUUUGUAAAAAUUGCACCUAUUCGGAACGAACAAGAGAAGGUCGUACUCUUCCUGUGUACAUUUAGUGACAUAACCGCAUUCAAACAGCCCAUCGAGGACGACUCUUCAAAAGGCUGGGGGAAGUUUGCCCGCUUGACCAGGGCCCUAACAAGCAGUAGAGGGGUCUUACAGCAACUGCAGCCCACGGUACACAAAGGAGAGAAUGUGCACAAACACUCGCGCCUUGCAGAGGUUCUUCAGCUGGGCUCAGAUAUUCUCCCUCAGUACAAACAAGAGACGCCCAAGACCCCCCCUCACAUCAUCCUGCACUACUGUGCCUUUAAGACCACCUGGGACUGGGUCAUCCUCAUUCUCACCUUCUACACCGCCAUCAUGGUCCCCUACAACGUCUCGUUCAAAACCAAGCAGAACAACGUCACCUGGCUGGUUGUGGACAGCAUUGUGGAUGUAAUCUUUUUAGUAGACAUUGUGCUGAAUUUUCAUACCACUUUCGUGGGCCCGGCCGGGGAAGUGAUAUCAGACCCGAAACUCAUUCGUAUGAAUUACUUGAAAACCUGGUUUGUGAUUGACCUGUUGUCUUGUCUGCCUUAUGAUGUCAUCAACGCCUUCGAGAAUGUGGAUGAGGGUAUCAGUAGUUUAUUUAGUUCGCUGAAGGUGGUCCGGCUGUUGCGUCUGGGCCGGGUGGCUCGUAAACUAGAUCACUACAUUGAAUAUGGUGCGGCUGUCCUGGUUCUUCUGGUUUGUGUGUUUGGGCUGGCCGCCCAUUGGCUGGCCUGCAUAUGGUACAGCAUUGGAGACUAUGAGGUUAUUGAUGAGGAUCAUAACACAGUACGUACAGACAGCUGGCUUUACAUGCUCGGCGAGUCCAUGGGGAUGCCCUACCGGUUUAAUUUCAGCGGGACAGGAAGAUGGGAAGGCGGACCCACGAAAGAUUCGGUCUACAUCACAUCUCUGUACUUCACCAUGACCAGCCUUACCAGUAUUGGCUUUGGAAACAUCGCCCCAACCACAGAUGGAGAGAAGAUCUUUGCGGUGGCCAUGAUGAUGAUUGGGUCUCUCCUCUACGCCACCAUCUUCGGUAAUGUGACUACUAUUUUCCAGCAGAUGUACGCCAACACGAACCGAUAUCAUGAGAUGAUCAACAGUGUGCGGGACUUCCUAAAGCUCUACCAGGUGCCCAAAGGCCUGAGCGAGAGGGUUAUGGAUUACAUCGCCUCCACCUGGUCUAUGUCCCACGGUAUCGACACUGAGAAGGUGUUGCAGAUUUGCCCAAAAGACAUGCGUGCCGAUAUCUGUGUUCAUCUGAACAGGAAGGUUUUCAAAGAACAUCCUGCUUUCCGAUUGGCCAGUGACGGCUGUUUGCGAGCUCUGGCCAUGGAGUUCCAGACCAUCCACUGCGCUCCAGGCGAUCUUAUUUAUCACGCUGGCGAGAGUGUGGACAGCCUCUGUUUUGUGGUGUCAGGGUCACUGGAGGUCAUCCAAGACGACGAGGUGGUCGCCAUUCUGGGUAAAGGCGAUGUGUUUGGGGACGUUUUCUGGAAGGAGGUGACACUAGCUCAGGCGUGCGCUAACGUGAGAGCGCUAACAUACUGCGACCUGCACGUGAUCAAACGGGACGCGCUUCAGAAAGUUCUGGAGUUCUACACCGCCUUCUCCAACCACUUCUCACGAAACCUGUUGCUUACAUACAACCUGCGCAAACGGCUUGUGUUCAGAAAGAUCAGUGAUGUGAAACGUGAGGAAGAGGAGAGGCUUAGGAGGAAGAACGAGGCCCCACUGAACCUCCCUCCCGAUCAUCCCGUCCGCCGUCUGUUCCAGCGAUUCCGCCAACAAAAAGAAGCUCGACUCGCUGCUGGGCAGUCCAUUUCCCAUGACCCUGAUCUCGAGAAGGGUCACAUCCACAAUGAAGUCAUCAGUCAGGAUGUAGUCACCACCACAAGCAUCGUCACGGUAACGGAGAGUCCAGCCACGCCCAUCCCUUCACACCCCCACAAAAAACUCACCCUGGGUCCGUUCGACCAGGCAAAGCUCAGUGCCCCCGUCCCAAAUGUCCCCCGGUCGUCAGAGCCGCGCGCCCGGGGAUGGGCCAGAUUCAGGGAGAGCGUGGCUAAGCCGGAAGGAUGGGGAAACGUUCCUAAAGCGGAAUCUAUGGAAACGCUCCCUGAACGGAGCAGCUCCAGUAAGUCUUGUGAGACUAACGGCCUCAAGAAGACGGAUUCCUGUGACAGUGGCAUCACCAAAAGCGACCUCCGCCUGGAUGAGGGCGGAGCUCGCACCCCUGUAGACCGCAGCCCGGUCCAGCCAGAUGGAAAAGCUCCCCCGAUCCCCUUAAUCCCUAUUAUUCCCGAACAUACGCUCCACGCGUCGCUCCUGGAACUCCGUGGUGAACUAAAAGAGGAGCUGUCGGCGCUCAGUAACCGCAUGGUUGCCUUGGAGACACAGGUCGCCGAGGUGUUAAGGUUGCUACGGAGCAGAAAGUCUACGACCUCUCCCAUCUCGCUCUUCCAGGUAUCACGACCCACAUCACCAGACACAGACAAGGAGGACAUCUUUCCAUAAACACAAAGAGAAACACAACAUGAGCGAGGUAAGCGUUUCCUCUAUAUAACACGAGGAACGUGUUCAUAAGGGAGAUUUAAGAAAAAAGGGACUUACUUUCAACAUCUGUGCCAGCGUGAUAGACAUGAAAUGAGUGUGUGUGUGUGUGUGUGUGAAAGCCGGAAGGAUGAAAUAAUAUGAGACACUGUAAAGGAGAGGAAGAUGUCUUAUCCCAAGGCUGUGCAUCUGCGAUACCAAAGUGGUGCUGUGUUAGUUGUCGCGCAGGCACACUUUGUGUGGUGUUUGAGCCCUGAGAGGCUGACAGACAGAGAGUUCUUGCCUCAGGGCCCACUCUGACUGCAGGUUGUCAUGGUGAUGCACCGUCCCCAACUUCAAAUGCGGGCCCUUCAAGAUCCCACUCAUGUAGCAAGUCUUCCUCUCUCUUACUUUCACGCACACUCCUGCCUGUGCUCUGCUUAUGUCGGACUGAGCAGUCCAAUCUUUCUGUUAUUGAGAUCCAUUGUGCAACAUCCUGGUUAAUUUGCACCUUUAAUAGAAAUCGAAGAGCUGUGGGGCACGCUGGUACGGAUCUGAAAAGAACGGUGAAUCAGUCUGAAGAAACAGAUCUGAAUCCCCAGGCAGCUUCAGUCACUUCAGAUAAAUGUGUUUGUACAAUGACAAAUGAAUACCAACCCCAAGAGUUGUUCACUCGAAAUGCUCACGUAACUGCUGACAUUAAUAAGAUCUACUGAGGUUUGAAGUGUAAUAUCUAAGCACUGUUAAACCCCUCUAUCAUGACUAACACCAGGGCUAAAUUUUCGUCCUGUUAUGAUGCUUGACCUGUGUGAAACACUGUAGCUUGAAGCUUUGUUCUGAAAGUGCAAUGCACUUAAACAGCGAUGCCUUUACCUUCAAGCUAUUACAUCUAUAAUGGGCAUCUUCAAACACGCACCGCUUCAGAGUUUACAAGUCACUAUUUGGGCCAAGUUUUGUUCAUAGCAAUGAAAGAAUAUAUACAUGGGUGGUGUUCACAGAUGGUGUUGAUGAUCGGGUCUUCCAGAAAGCGCACAAACGUAUUGCCAUAGGCGCAUUAUUAUUUUUAGAGCUGUAGUAAAUUGUAGCUUUGCUUUCUGAAUUCGAAUCCCGGAUGUGCUCAAAACACAUCAAUAACUGUUCAAGAUUUCAAUUUGUUUAAUCACAGUAUAUUUUAACUUUUAUAUGAAACACACAGAAUCUCAGGAAUGCCCAAAACGUAUUGGUAGGAAGAAGUGAUGGUCCAAGAGCAAAUCUCACUCCUGUGUGAAAGAUUAUCACAGUCUCCACCGAAAUGAAAUCCAGCCCAUUCAAAAUGAAGAGACUAUUCCAAAUUUUCAUAAAUCAGCAUUUCUAGAUGUAUUGUGUCCAUUCCAGUGUCCGUAGAAUUUCAACAAAAUCAAACCUCAGGAGUGACAAAGUCAUCCAACAGUGAAAGACUAAAAUAACUUGUUUUUCUAUGCAGUAUUUGAGAUCUGAAAAACAGAUCAUUCCUCAGUUAUUUUGACCUGUUUUUCCAGUUUUCACUUUCUGCAAAUAAAUGCAAAUAGAAACAAUAUUUUUAUCUGAAGUUUGGGAGAAAUAUUGUUGGUAGUUCACAUAAUGAAACUAAACUGAUCCGUUUACCUAAACACAUACCAAUAAAUAGUCAAAUCAGAAAAACUGAAAACAAUUUUGAAAUGGUCUCUUCAUUAUUUCUGCGGCUGUAUAUCUUCAAUUAUGAAUGUGAGGUUAUUUUUUAUUUAACUAUACAUUAUAUACUGUAUCCAUUCUAAACUACUGAUGUGAAUGUUAAAUACGGGCCGUAGGAAAGAAAGAAACGGGCUGUGUUAGCUGUGUUGUGUGAUGUUAGAGAGGUCAUUAUCAGGUCCACAGGAGAUGUGCUGAGGUUUAUAUCACCUCACUGACACCCGCUUCACCACCACCUGAGAGCACAACACUAGCAGAAGGGUUUUACAAAAGAAACGACUCGCAUGAUUGUCAAAACUAUGAAAACAGCAACCAAGGUCAUAUCCCAAAAUCCAAUGUAAAAUUAUAAAGACACAGACAGACAAAAGGAUUUUCAAAGAACCAAGAGUCACAUUAUUCGCACAAAAAGAUUUAUUCAGUUCAUUUGGUCACAGUGUACGAUUUUGUAUAUCAGAAAAACAUCCUUAGUUUCGCUCUCAAGGGAUGAUGAUCUCCUUUCUGUCAGCAAAACAAUGUUAAAAGGGUCAAAUUUCCAUUAGUGUUGUUUUUGAAUCGGAGCAUGUGACGUCCUAAUUACAAUUAAUAUCACGGGUCAUUAGCUCACACUUUUACUUCAUAUACUGAGCAAAUAUUUGAAAAUGUUUUUACCCAGCAGCAGCAUUCCAAAGCAUCCCAGAGUUGAUUUUAAAUAAGACAUAUGAAUGUUACGAUAAUUCCAUGCACACUCAUGUAAACUGGAAUGUAAGCGUCAGCCCCAGCUGAUUCUCAAGCAAUAAUCAUUGCUGCUGAAUUUCUCUCUGAUUGUUCCCAUUAUGCUUCUCCAACCCCGAUAUAACGUUUAAGCUGAACAACACGGUGUAAUCGAAGCAUUACAAGAAACAAUCGCAGCCCUUAUGUCACCGCAUGCCUCUGUAACAAUACCAGUUAUGCACUUUUGCCCAUAGAGUAGGACAGCGAAAGAGUAUUGUACAGUAUUUAUGUAGUUCCUUAAUAUACAAACAGCCCCUAAAUACUAGCAUGUUUUACUCCAGGGCUCUUUUGAACUCUCUGCAGGUAUCUAUGACCAUCCCAUCGAGACCGACAUUGAUUUGAUCAAAUACGACAACAGCAUGGCUUGAUUUGCACUUAAAAUAAGGUUAAGACGUGCAUGGUAAACAAAAGGAAAAGUGAAUAAAUUACCAUUUUAAAGGAAGUACUCCUCUACUGCACGAGUAUAUAAUCUCUUGCCUCUGACCCCAUGAUGCUAAUGGAUUCGCUCUUUGUAGCAGACCUGUCUGAUUCUUGGUGGGCGAGUCCGAAUUUGCAUUUAGGAUGGGAAAAUUAACUCUCACCGAUAUUAGACGUAUUCGAUUUUAUGCUCGGGGUGCCUGAAUGUUUCUACAGAUAUGAGAGCCAAAGUUUGUCUCAUGACAGGACAUUUCGUAAAGGUUAUUCCAAAAAUGAAAAUUCUGUCAUAGUUUAUUCACCCUCAUGUUGCACCAAAUCUGAUAAAAUUUCUCUAAGCACAAACCUAGAAAUGUACGCACACAACAACCGUUAAAGUGACAGUUCACCCAAAAAUGAAAAUUCUGUAAUCAUUUACUCACCCUCUUGUCAUGUCAAACCUGUAGGACUUUCUUUCUUCUGCAGAACACAAAAGAAGAUUUUUUGAAGAAUGUUGGUAACCAAAGCCAAUGCAAGUCAAUGUUGUUGUUCGUUUACCACCAUUCUUCAAAAGAUCUUCUUUUGUGUUCUGCAGAAGAAAGAGAGUCAUAUAAGAUUGAAAAUUUCAAUUUUGAGUGAAUAAACCCGAUAAAAGUUUAUCUGUUUUCAUUUCUGUCUGUUCCUCACACAUCGCCAUUAUACGAUAUCAAAAUGUUAAAUAUAGGAUAAGCUUGUCAAGAUCAAUAUAUAAUAUUCUUUACACUGUAUUAGGAGAUACUGCUUUGGAGCAACGUAAGGAUGAGUAAAUUGACAUUUUAUGAAUUGUAUUUUUUGAGGUGAAUUAUUUCUUAAACAACAUGAUUACAACCUAGUACAAUUAAGGGACUUUUCUAUAGUGAGUUUUAUUUCAAAGAAGCCUAAACACACUAUCACACAUGUCAUAUCAGUGUGUAUUUAUAUGUAUGAAUAGCGAGCUAACUUGUACAGUACAGUAUUUUGGGGAAGAACGACUGAGUUUAUUUUUGCAAUUUUUAACACUGCUACUGAAGUUGAAGUGAGCUGUGCUGUUAUAUAUCACACUGCAGGGUCUGUGCGAACAAACGGGCUUCUCUCUGCAUGUCUGUUUGAUCGCUGAGGUCCUCAAUGGUUCGCUCUUUAAGAACAACCCUAAUUGAAAACUUCGCAGUAUUUUGAAGACAGCAUGGUCCUUAUAUACUGAAACAGCAUUUCUUCACAUGGACUACUGUAAAGCACAAAGACGAGAUUUGUAAAGUUGCUGUAAAAUAUUAUUUAUGAUAAUAAAAUAUUUUAUAUACA